GCCCCAUCUCUUGUUGAAUUAGAAAUCCGAGUGUUCGUAUUUCUGGACGGUCCACCAAAAUACUGUGAUUAAAUUCUUUAAAAAAUGGGAAAAGGAGGCAUCGAGGUGCCGGAUUGGCGUAUUUACAAAGUAGAAGAUGUACCUCAGUUGAAAGCUGUGCAGGAAAGGUUAGCACUUAGAGGUCUGAAAGAUCCGUGGUUGAGGAACGAAGUGUGGCGAUACCAACCUUGCUUCAAACCAAUCCCUUGGUGGAGGUUCAUCUUUAGAGGUCUACCCAUCGGAGCUGGUCUGUUUGUCGUUGCAGUCGGUCUUGAGAAGAUGUUUUCCAAAGAUGAUGGCCAUGGACACCAUUGAUAAGAGUUGCUUUUUUUUGUCUUUUAAUUUGGAGGACGUCGUCGAUAUCAACUCGACAUCAAAGUCUUUAUCUGCCUGAACUGUGAUUUUUUGCAAGCUGCAUGGGAUGUAUCAAGCCGCGUAUUGAGAAGGAUUUCAGAAUAAUGGAGCUCUGUUUGCCUGUGAUCUUAUCCGAAGCGAUGUCAAAGCAGGUCUUAUGAUAUACAUGUAUUCUUGAAUCUGUAUAACUAUCAUCCUUCUCUGAAAGUCAUCCACUUUGGAAAUAUGUACUUUUCAAAAUGAUGUUUAUUCUAUAUAAUGAACUUAAUUUCUGUUGUGAGAGCCAAGUCAUUUUGCAAUAGAUAUCAAUACAGUACAGUCCAGAAAUUACAAUUUAAUAGCCAUAGCUGCAUCCUAUUGAUUUUAAUUGCAUGUAGUUUCUCCUCAUAUCUCCUGAUUACAGUUAUCUUAGAAUCUGGUUACAUUUUAACACAUAUUUUUUCACAAAAUAGGAAUAUUUGUGUUAUGAGAUCGUCAAUAAGUUAUUGAUAUCAAUAUCACUCGCCAGAAAAUUACAACCUGAUAAUAUCUCUAUCAUAUAGAUAUGGUUUCUUUUUGUGGAAGUCCAAUCUGUUAACAGUUUUUUCUGUACAGUACAUCCAUGUGAUAUGUCAUACUCUGUUUGAGAUGUAUCCCUUUAUGGGUUUUAUGAAAUUGAUGAAUACCGGUACCAUGGACAUUACGAUAUUCAAUUCAUGUACUUCAAAGAUGUUGACAUGUCCUAUUGAAUUCUUUGCCAGUCUUCACUAGACAUACAUGUACCGGUACCUCUAAUAGGCAAUAACUCUUGAAGUCUAUAAUGUUGAAAGCAUGCAUAGCUGAACCUGGGCCAGAAUAUGAGUCCACAGGAACAAUAACAUGGAAUGAUUUCAAAAUGUUUCUUAAAACAUUAUUUCUAAUCUGUAUGAAUUUGAGCAUUACAAAUUUUUACAACUUGCCAUGCAGCUUGUAUACACAACUUAUGUCAGCAAGGGGGAAUUUCAAAAUGUGUUUAAAACAUACUAUUGAAGUGAUAUUAAAAUAGAAUUUACUAUCA